AUGUCCAAGCUGGUGCUUCAAUUAGUUGUCAUCUGUGUGUACUUACAGGUACCCAGAUGCUACCUUUCAUGCCAGUUAUACAACACCAAAGCCUGGUGUGCCUUCCAGCGGCACUCUUGGGUUCCUGCUCUGCCUCCCUACACCACCCAUCUUUUCCUGGAGGUGAACAAUAUCAGAGAGAUCAACCACACCUCCCUCUCCAACCUGGAGGAGCUGCAGGAGCUGGAUCUGGGAAAGCAGAAUGUGCCACUUAGGAUCAGGAACAAUGCUUUCCUGAGGCAACAAAAGCUAACUAAGUUGAAUUUAGGCUACAAUAUUGGCCUUCAGCUGGAGCCGAAGGCAUUUGUGGGACUGCACAACUUACAGAUCCUCGAGUUGUAUUAUUGCAAUUUGAAUGAGUCCAUACUGGAGGAACAAUAUCUGCAGCCGCUUUCAUCUUUAGAAAGUCUUAAUCUCUUCGGUAAUCAGAUAAAGAGACUCCGCCCUGCACUAUUCUUUUUAAACCUGAUAAACUUGGCAAAGCUGAACCUCAAAUUGAACAGGAUCAAUAGGAUAUGCGAGCGGGACCUGGCUGCUUUCCGGGACAAAUAUUUCCAUCUCCUGAACUUGGAGUCCACUUACUUCAGAGACAUGUUUCUUGCAGAUUUUGACUGGGAAGAAUGUGGGAAUCCUUUCAGAGGAAUAUCCUUCAAUCAGCUUGAUUUGUCCCGCAAUGAGCUGAGCACAGAGAAGUCAAGACAAUUCUUCAGAGCGAUUGCAGGGACUCAGAUUGGUGAUCUCAGACUGUCGGGACCCAUUGGUAGAGGGUUUGGGUUUGACAGAUUCACUGAUCCAGACCGCUACACAUUUGAAAGUCUCAACAAUAGUUCAGUUGUAAUAUUAAAUCUGACAAGAAGCUAUAUAUUUGCUUUGCAGGAGGGCGUUUUUAGUCCACUCAAAGAGGUAAUAAUAAUUGACAUUUCCCAUAAUAAAGUCAAUCGGAUAGAUAGGAGGGCCUUUGAUGGUGUUCGAGGACACUUACAAAUGCUUGACCUGUCAUCCAACCUCCUAGGGGAAAUAUACUCUCACAUGUUUGUUGAUAUGACCGACCUAAGAGUGUUAGAUUUGUCUUACAACCAUAUUGGUGUACUGGAAUAUCGGGCAUUCAGUGGUCUUCCCAAAUUACAAACGUUACGGCUAACAGGAAACUCGCUGCGAAACCUCGGCUCCCCUGCGUCAUUACCUGAAUUAGAUUACUUUUUUUUGGAUGAUAAUAAGUUGGAUCACACAUCACAGGGCGCCAUCAUUACGUUAGCCAGCAACAGCAUCUACCUGAAUGUUGCGAACAACAGAUUAACAAACAUGGAGGACGUUUAUGUGUUUCUCUCCAGCUUCAAGCGUCUCCAGAGAUUCUACUAUGGCGGCAACUUCAUCAAAUGGUGUAAAAAUCCCAACAUUUCAGUGUCUCAUUCAAACAGUUUGCAAGUGCUGGAUCUUCACGACAGUUCCCUGCAGAUAAUUUGGGCACAGGGCAGGUGUCUUGACCUGUUUGAUUCCCUCCAGAAUCUGAUCGGUCUCAAUUUAAGACUCAACUCGCUCACGGCUCUGCCCCAAGGGAUUUUCAGAGGCCUGAGGUCAGUAGUCGUGAUCAACCUCUCCUCUAACUUUUUGACCUAUCUGCAGCCAGAUGUAUUUCCCACCAGCUUGCAAACACUGGACCUCUCAAACAACUUCCUGGCCUCCCCUGACCCCAUGACCUUUCAGUCUCUCAGCGUUAUCAACCUGGCGAUGAAUCGGUUCCACUGCGACUGCCACCUUGAGAGCUUCUUAACGUGGCUGAAUGAGACCAAUGUAACUUUCCUGAUUCCUGUUGGGCACUUCCAGUGUGAGUUUCCUCCUGAUUUAUACGGCGUCUCCCUCUUGGACUAUUACAGCACCAUCGAGCCAUGCGAUGAUGAGGACAGGGCCGCCGAAGAUCUAAGAUUGGCUCUCUUCAUCUUCUCCGGCCUCUUCCUCCUCCUCUUCAUCAUCGGUGUGAUCGCUUAUGCUCAUCUUCGUGGCCAAAUAUUCCUUGUCUACAAAAAGAUCGUCGGCAGGGUUCUCGAGGGCCCAAAGGUAGCACCUUCUGCAGGCGAUGUCAAGUAUGACGCCUACUUCUGCUUUAGUGACAGUGACUACAAGUGGGUGGAGGCUGCUUUGCUAAAGAAGCUGGACACCCAUUUUUCAGAGGGCAACAUCCUCCGUUGUUGUUUCGAGGCCAGAGACUUCCUGCCGGGUGAGGAUCACCUUUCCAACAUCAGAGAUGCUGUGUGGAGCAGCAGGAAGACCGUGUGCAUUGUGUCAAAGAAGUUCCUGAAAGACGGCUGGUGCCUGGAGGCAUUCACUUUGGCUCAGAGCCGCAUGCUGGAGGAGCUGUCGAAUGUCCUGAUCAUGCUGCUGGUAGAGAGGGUGCCUCACUACCAGCUGAUGAAGUACAACGCCAUCAGGGCUUUCGUCCAGAGGAGAGAAUACCUCGUCUGGCCGGAGGACACGCAGGACUUGGAGUGGUUUUAUGAAAAGCUCGUCUCUCACAUACUCAAAAACACUGAGACAAAAAAGCGAGCAGAGGAUGUGCAGGUUGACGUUGAACCCAAAAAUGAGGACGGCAUCGAAUUAGAGCAUGUCAGAGCUCAGGAGAUGUGA